CUUGUAUCUGGUUUCGCUGAAAUGUUUGGCACAGAAUUGGUAAAGAAGAAAAAAUACGAGUUCCUCACUGGCGCCAAAGUGGCAAUCUUUACUUACCACGGAUGUGUGCUGAAUGUAAAUGGGAAAACUGACGUUAGCUAUAUUUCAAAAGAAACUCCAAUGGUGCAGUACUUAAAUUGUCAUGCAGCCUUGGAGCAAAUGCGCGUGGAUGCCGAGGAGAAAGACGAACGAGGUCCAGUAGCAAUGGUUGUGGGUCCCCUAGAUGUGGGGAAGAGUACUUUGUCUCGUAUAUUUCUUAACUAUGCGGUGAGGCUGGGGCGACGACCUCUUUAUGCAGACAUUGACGUUGGACAAGGUUCAAUCUCGAUUCCAGGCACUAUAGCAUCGAUACUCAUUGAACGACCUGCUAGCAUCGAGGAAGGAUUUUCUCAGACAGCGCCUCUAGUCUAUCAUUUUGGACAUAAAAGUCCCGGUUCUAAUAAUGUUCUAUACAAGGCGACAGUAGCAAAGAUGGCAGAAGUAACAUUGGAAUCUAUGAAUGUUAAUAAACGAACAAAAUACUCUGGUAUGAUUAUUAAUACAUGCGGUUGGGUGAAAGCGGAUGGGUAUGCUCAUUUGUUGCACACGGCACAAGCAUUUGAAGUGAACGCAAUAUUUGUUCUCGACCAGGAGCGCUUGUACAAUGAGCUUCUGCGGGAUAUGCCAUCAUUCGUUCGCGUCGUUUUGUUGCCAAAGAGUGGUGGUGUAGUGGAGCGAAGUAGGGAUUUGCGUAACGAGCAGCGUGACUUGCGCAUUAAAGAAUACUUCUAUGGAAAUCGUACACCUUUCUACCCAUUCUCAUUCGAAGUAAAAUUCCAAGAUUUGAAAUUGUACAAAAUAGGCGCUCCGCCGUUGCCUGACUCAUGCAUGCCCAUUGGAAUGAAGGCGGAAGACAAUAAAACCAAAGUUGUAGCAGUGACUCCCAGCCCUUCACUACUGCACCACCUCUUAUCAAUUAGCUUUGCCGAAUCGACGGAGGAGGAUAUAAUUGGAACUAAUGUAGCUGGUUUUGUCUGCGUGUAA